GGGGCGUAUUUUUAUGUUUGGAAUUUUGUUGUUUUCACUGAACUCACUCGAACGUUCUUUUGUUUCUAUUUCGAUCUACUAGAAUAGAGUUUGGAUAGUAGCAGGAACAUAAGUAUUUCGAUUUAUAUCCAACAAGGAAAGGGGAACAAUAGUCACGAUGUCAAUCACGACGUCAAAUAUGACACCAAAGCCGCGAUUCCCAUCCGGGUCUUCGAAAACCUCAACGUCAUCAACCUGGCAAUUCCAUCAAUUCCCUCUCCUCCCCCUCGAGCUUCAGCGCAAAAUCUGGCGUUCCCUCUUCCCCUCCUCCCGAACCGUCUCCCUCUCCUACAACAUCUCUCCCCUCCAAGCCCAUUCCUCUCCACCUCCCAUCACCCUGUCCAUCUGUUCCGAAUCACGUUCCGAGACACUCUUAUACUAUACCUUCCUCUACCGUUCGGAAUUCCCCGGAUCCCGUGGGAAAUCUGGUGGAAACUGUGGGAUUCUCCUCAGUAAAUGCAUGAGACAGCCUAUCUGUAUAAAUCCCCUCAUGGACACCAUUUCUUUCUUCGCCGGGGAUCUAUGCGGGGAGAAUCUCAAAGGCCGAAAAAGAUUCGUCGAGUGGAUGGAAUUCUUGAACUCAGUCGAUAGGAGAAUUUUGGGCCGAGUCACUGUGGUGGAGUUGGGGGGCCUGGAUUGGGAUAAUACGAUGUAUGUACAUCUUAAAUAUCAGGAAGGGCUGAGGUGUAAGGAAAUGGUGGAGGAGUAUGAGGGACAGGGAGGAGCAGAGUGUUGGGAGGAAUUGAAUUACGGGGGGUUACUCAGAUUAGAGGGAUUGCAGGAAAUCAGGUGUCGCUAUGCUCACGAGGAGUAUAUGGGGAAUUUCGAGGAACAGUUGAGGAGGUUCUUGGGAUUUCAUGGAGAGGUUUGGGGCGGGAGGGUUCCGGUUGUGAAAAGAGUGUUUUGAGGGGAUUGCAUGGGUGAUGAGGAAAUGAGUUGAGUUGAGAUUUGAUGAUGUAUGAUUUGAUUUACUAAAGGGGGACUAAAUUUGGCAUGUGAAUAUGGGCAUAGUAUGGCGUUUCGGAUUGGAAUUUGGAACCGUAGAUGUCAUACCAUUAGAUGUAUCAUUUAGAUUAUAGAAUAAUUAUUAUAGACUUCGUUUCA